AGCCGCCCCUUCUGUUGGCCAGGCUCGGGAGCUGCUGCCGCCGCCGCCUGCGGGCCUUGGCCAUGGCGUCCCCGGCCAUCGGGCAGCGUCCCUACCCGCUGCUCCUAGACCCGGAGCCGCCGCGGUAUCUGCAGAGCCUGGGUGGCACCGAGCCGCCACCUCCCGCCCGGACGCGCCGCUGCAUCCCCGCGGCCCUGAUCCCCGCGGCCGGGGGGUCAGAGGGUCGCGGUGGCAGGAGGAGUACCCGGGGGGACCCGGAGCCCACACCCCGGGACUGCCGCCACGCUCGCCCUGUCCGGCCCGGUCUGCAGCAGAGACUGCGGCGGCGACCUGGGUCGCACCGACCCCGCGACGUGAGGAGCAUCUUCGAGCAGCCGCAGGAUCCCCGCGUCUUGGCCGAGAGAGGCGAGGGGCACCGUUUCGUGGAACUGGCGCUGCGGGGCGGCCCGGGCUGGUGUGACCUGUGCGGACGAGAGGUGCUGCGGCAGGCGCUGCGCUGCGAUAAUUGUAAAUUCACCUGCCAUCCAGAGUGCCGCAGCCUGAUCCAGCUGGACUGCAGACAGAGGGAAGGCCCUGCCCUGGAUAGACGCUCUCCAGAAAGCACCCUCACCCCGAACUUCAACCAGAACGUCUGUAAGGCGGUAGAGGAGACGCCGUACCAGCCCACGAUACAGGAGAUCAAGCAGAAAAUUGACAGCUAUAACAGCAGGGAGAAGCACUGCCUGGGCAUGAAGCUGAGUGAAGAUGGCACCUACACAGGUUUCAUCAAAGUUCAUUUGAAGCUCCGACGGCCAGUGACGGUGCCUGCUGGGAUCCGGCCCCAGUCCAUCUAUGAUGCUAUUAAGGAAGUGAACCCUGCAGCCACCACAGACAAGCGGACAUCUUUCUACCUGCCACUUGAUGCCAUCAAGCAGCUACAUAUCAGCAGCACCACCACUGUCAGCGAGGUCAUCCAAGGGCUGCUCAAGAAAUUCAUGGUUGUGGACAACCCACAGAAGUUUGCACUUUUUAAGCGGAUACACAAAGAUGGACAAGUGCUCUUCCAGAAACUCUCCAUUGCUGAUUGCCCUCUCUACCUUCGUCUGCUCGCUGGGCCUGACACUGACGUUCUCAGCUUUGUGCUAAAGGAGAAUGAAACUGGAGAGGUGGAGUGGGACGCCUUUUCCAUUCCUGAACUCCAGAACUUCUUAACUAUCCUGGAAAAAGAGGAGCAGGACAAGAUCCAUCAACUGCAGAAGAAGUACAACAAAUUCCGUCAGAAACUGGAGGAGGCGUUACGAGAGUCCCAGGGGAAGCCUGGAGAAAAGAGCGAGGCACUUGGCUUGAAGCUCUCCUGCUGGCUUGCCCCUGGCAGGAAGUGGACAAUGGUGCUAUAGAGCCAAGGACAGAGCCUCAGAGCACAGGGUGACUGAUGAUCACACGCCUCUGUCCCAUCAAGCUUCCUGAUCUGGCUUUGACUCUGAAGACUCGAGAUUAGUAAAGACUGCAUGGACAGCAUCGGAUUAUGACUCCAACUCUUGACUAGUUCAAACUUAAAACAAAUUAGCUAGAGUAGCCAGGACUGCAAAGACACUCAAUACAGAGGGAAAAAACCUAUCCCUUUUAAAGAGGGCCAGUGUUCCAAUCAAGCCUCCAGAGGAGACCACUUUCAUGUUGUGCUUGCUUUUUCACGCCCUCUCCUCUGGUUGUUUUAAGCCCAAGCUUGUUUUAAGCCCAAGCUUCUCUGAGUAGCCUAAAAAGUUCCCUCCCAGCCCAGCCUGAGGCCACGCUGCUCCUGUCCCAGAAGAAUGCCAAAUCCUUGUCAUUCAAACUGUGCAUUGUUUUCAAAGCUGCAAAAGCAACUGAGCUAGCAACUUUGAGGUUGUGCACGCUGUCAACCCCCUGGCUACCUGCCUGCUGUCGUCUCCUGUUCAGCCUUACACUUCCCUCCCUUAGGAAGCCCCCUUCCUGCUGUGUAUUACAGGGGCAUAUGGAAAGUCAUUCCCUUCAUCCUGCAUGUCUGUCGCAUUAGGAGAAGGCAUGGCUCCUGCUGCAAACACUGUGAAUGCUGCUGAGAACCUCCCUCCAUGGAUGGCUUUUUAUUUUUGACAAGAAAAAAAUUCAUGUAUAUACACAUAUGUAUAUACAUAUAUAUGUAUAUACACAUAGAGGCAUAUAGCUAUAUAUAAAGGAAAGGUGUUUAUUCAGAAAAUGAUGGUAAGAUUCAGACUUUAAAGCACAGUUAGACCCAGGACUUACACUGAGGUUGAGCCUCCGGCAAGCGUGGAGUUCCGAAAGUCUCAGAGGGGUCUAACUGCUGGUAGUGCCUUCCAUGGUUGUAUUGCUCUGUGGGUGUUCUUUUGAGGAUAUUUUCCUUCUAAAUGUCUUUCUUAUAUAUGUUUUAUAAUGAAUAAUAAAAGCUUACCGUAAACAAU